UUCAACAAAACCUUGUCAGAUAAAAUUUAGUUUGGAACUUUGAAUAACUGCCUAAAUUUUUUAUGGAUUAUUAUUUUUAAUUAACAAAAUUUAAAGAAUCAUUAAAAAAAAAAGAAUGAAAAGAAAAAUCCUGUAAUAAUAGUAUAGUUAUUGACAUAUUUUAAUAAUUAAGUAAGGGCGAUUUCAAAAACAAAUCCUUACCAAUUGGAGCGGUAUGGCAUUCUUCAAAUCCACUUAAAAAACAACUCUGAAUAGAAUUGGCGGGAACUCCGCACGUGCCAAUUAUCAAACCCUACACCAGUCCCCUUCGCGCUCCUCUCUCUCUCUCUCUCUCCAAAUUGAUAACAUUUCUGCAAAUCUUCCACAUCUAUCUCCAUAAUUGAAACCCUACCAGCAACUUUCUCUCUCUAAUCUUCUUCUCCAUUUUCACCACUCACAGAUCCUAACUCUCUCUCUAUCUCUAGAUCUGAACCUCCAUGGAAACUCAACUCACAAGCUCAGAACUCAGUGGAGUGACCAACACUGAAUUAAGCAAAGCCUGGCACAUCCUCUCUCUCCUCCUACGAAUUUCCCGUCCGGCUCGUCCGGUCGAACUCGCUUCUCGAUGCAAUUUGUUCUCCGCAUCGCCGGAUUUCGUCGAGUACCUUUGUUCAAUCCCUAUUUCACCACUCUUCUUGACCAGUGAUCUCUUUGUCACGCCGUCUCUAGUUGCAUUUGCAGCUUUUGGGAACUUUUUAUCGAAUUUUAACCUAAUUGCGGCAUUUCUGCCUCCGAUAGGGUUCGGAUUUCGUGGCCGAAAGAGAAUGUGGGAGGAGGUCGUGUUAACGUAUCAUCGAAGGCGGAAGAGGCCGAAAUUGGAUUUUGAAUGUCUACCGGUAGCCAAAAAAAGAGUUUUUUUGCAUACUGCGGAUGGGGACGAAGAAGAUCGAAUUGUGUUGGCUUUGCCUGACAGGAUUCAAACUGCCUGUGCCAAGGUAAAUUUUCAUACAGAUGAUGGAAUGUGCAGUAGAAUAAAUACACAGCCAGGUGAGACAUCAGUCAUGGCGGUCGACUCUGGGAAUCUAAAUGAACUGAUGGUCAGAACUUCCUUGCUUAUCAACUCCAAACCUGUUGAAGAUGAAAGCAAAAAGGAUACAGAUAUGUUUGUUAACAGGAAAGAGCAUAAAUACGUAUAUACACCAGAGUAUCACCAUGGAUUUUUCAGUCCUGAAAGAUUUCUGCAUGUACACAAUUCAAUAGCAGCAGAAAAAAUAAUGGCAUUUAGACCUCAUUCAGAACCAUCUCUUUUAACUAAUGUUACAGAAAAUUCAAGUGUAUUGAGAGAAGCUCCAAUGGAUAGGACAAAUUCUACAGGUAGAAUUAAUAUCAACACAUUAUCUUGUCUAGAAGUAGAUGAGCAAAUAAGAAUCUCACCGGUGGAGGCCGAGAAUGUUCAUGCUCUAGAAGUAGAUGAACAAAUAAGAAUCUCACCGGUGGAGACCGAGAAUGUUCAUGCUUGUAAAACUACAAAUGUCAGAACAGUUGAAAGAAUUGUGGAAGGCCGAGAAGAACAGUUAACUGAUUGCUGUAUUUUUUGUCUCCCUACUAAUUCUGCUGAAGUGGACGUGCAACCUAAGGAUGAUGUUAAAAGAAUGAGCAGAUGUGAUGAUAUGAUGCCAUCUCUGCAUAGAGAAAAAACUACAGUACAUAUGGAGAGUCAGGCUAUGCUUUCAGCAGCUGUGCUCUCUGCUGGGGAGAGGCAACUCACGGACCCCACUGCCAAAUUGAAGGCUGUUCAGAAAGAUGCACUAAAUCCUAGAACCGGAGUUUAUCACAGGACACCAGAGAAGAGUAAGGCUAUUGGUGCUAUUACAGAGCAGCAGCAACGUAGAAGAAAUAAAAAUCCAAUUUUUGCGAAGCAGAUGUUAAAGCAGAAUUGUGACCGGAACAUGUAUACUAAAGAGAAUAGGGGAAAUUCUAAAGAAAAAAGGGAUAAAUCUCUCUCACAUACUCUCAAUAACCAACUGGAGCCAAAAGCGCUACCAAACUUUGAAUCUUUUGCUGUAGAGGAGGAAGAAGGUUCAGGUGGUUAUGGCACAGUUUACAGGGUGCAGAGGAAGAAUGAUGGUGUAACAUUUGCUAUUAAAUGUCCCCAUGCAAAUGCUAAUAGACACCAUGUUCACAAUGAGCUGAAGAUGUUGGAACGAUUUGGGGGUAAGAACUUCAUUAUAAAAUAUGAAGGUUCUUUCAAGAGUGGAAAUUCUGAUUGCAUUGUUCUAGAGCACGUUAAGCAUGACAGGCCUGAGGUCUUAAAGAGAGAAAUAGAUGUUUUUCAGCUCCGGUGGUAUGGCUAUUGCAUGUUCAGAGCACUUGCAGGUCUACACAGGCAGGGAAUAGUUCAUAGAGAUGUUAAACCUGGCAACUUCCUUUUCUCUCGUAAGGUCAAUAAAGGUUAUCUCAUAGAUUUUAACCUUGCUAUGGAUUUGCAUCACAAGUAUGGAACCUCUGACAAAUCAAAGUUGGGCUAUGAUAUGAGCUUUGAUCAUGUUCCAGUUCCCCGGCCGAAAUCUCUUCUUUCUGCCAAAAGUACAAAGCUUCUGACGGCUAAUUCUUUGGAGGCAGUCAAUCAGGAGGCACGAAAAGGCCCCAGGUCACGUGUGUUGCCCAAUAACCUGAAAAAGAAGGCUGUGGACCAGAAAGAAAUCUUAACUAACCUAAGUAAUAGAAAUAUGGUUAAAAGCCAAGGCGCAGAUGGCUCUGGGAUAACUUCAGCAAAGGAUGCAACGAGUGCAAGAACUCCUUCAGCAGAAAGAUUUAGGGAACCAAUGCCAUGCCAAGGUAGAAAGGAGCUGAUUAGCCUGGUGCAGGAAGCAUUGCAGGCUCCAAAUCAUGAAGCAGUGAGUCGUCCAACUUCUAAGAGAAAAAGGGUUGCUGCCCCUCCUGGAAAAGUGGAUAGAAAAUUUGUUUAUCUUACCCCAAUGCCAUUGCAUUGCACUGGGAUUGCCGUUGCCGGUGCUGGCUUACUAACAAACAAAGGGGAUGGAAAGAACAAGAAAGAAGGUCCUUGUGUUGGAACCAAGGGCUUCCGAGCUCCAGAGGUAUUGUUCAGAUCCCAAUUUCAAGGCCCCAAGGUUGAUAUAUGGUCUGCUGGGGUCACCUUACUCUACCUGAUGGUUGGAAGAACACCCUUUGUUGGCGACCCCGAACAGAACAUAAAGGACAUUGCAAAGUUGAAAGGCAGUGAAGAUCUUUGGGAAGUGGCCAAGCUACAUAACCGCGAAUCCUCAUUUCCAACGGAACUCUUCGACAUACAAUCCUUGCCAUCUAUGAAAUUGAGAGAAUGGUGCGAACAAAACAGCAAAAGACCAGAUUUCCUCAAGACCAUACCAAGACCGCUCUUUGAUCUCGUGGACAAAUGCUUGACAGUGAACCCGAGAUCGAGGAUAAGUGCAGAGGAAGCACUUAACCAUGAGUUUUUUGCUCCAUGCCAUGAGGGGUUAAGGAAACAGAGGCUGCUUAGGCAGGGGCUCAGCUCGGACUCAGGAACUAGCCAUCUUUUACAGAGUCAGACUUUUGAGGCUUCUCAUGAACAACUUCAAUCAGCUUCCUAGAGGUUUGUUAUUUACCAAAUUGUUGUGAAUGUUGUAACUGUUAGUCAUGAUGACUUAGAGUUGUAAUAGUACUUGAAUCAAGUCAAGGUACGCAAUUAGGCAUAAACAUGUGCUUGGUCCUCAAGAAAUAGAGUGGCCAGUGUAGAAAUUUAUGUGGGAUAUAAACAUACCUUAUAUA